AUGCCCUCCUUCUACUCUGCGGCCGCCAACGGCCUCCCAACGCCGCCUCAUGUCCACAUGGGCAACCGCGUCGACGUCGACCAGCCGUACUUCCCGCCCGGCCUCCCACCGCCCUACUCGGCACGCUUCGCCAAUGGCUGUGACCCAGUCGAUCACUAUUCCGCCGCCUAUGGCCCGCCCGUGUCUACGCACCUGCCGCACUUGCAUCCCGCACAGUCCAACCGAGACAUGAAAGCUGCUUUGUUCUCGCGCCCGCAGCAGCCCCUGUACUCCUCCAUCGUGACCGGUGCCCAUGCGGCGUCGCUGCGCUCCAGUACUUCGCUGCCACCCAUGGACAACGCAAUUCCCCCCCAGUAUCGCCGUCGUGAGCAUUCUGGCCAGCAAGAACACAAGGCCAAGGAGCAAAAGUCCACCGGUGGCGUCGCGGCUCAUUUGGACUACGAUAUGGAUCAAAUGACAGAUUUUGUGGCAGAAAUGGCCCAGGGAAUGUAUGCUUUGUACACGUCCAAGAUCAGACUUUCAGAUAUUGACAUGCUUCGAAGCGUUUACCCAGGAACAGCAGUCCCCCGCCAGUUUAGGAAAUAUGUCUAUCAGAUUCUCUCGUCCACCCGUCUUCCGAGUUCGACUAUUCUCUUGGGCUUGUAUUAUCUUGCCUCGCGGAUGCGAAUGCUGUCCACUGCCGAGGUUUAUGGUGCCGGAUCUGGCGAAGUCUACCGCAUGCUUACCGUUGCUUUGCUGCUUGGGAGCAAGUUCCUUGACGACAAUACCUUCCAGAAUCGCUCAUGGUCUGAGGUCAGCAACAUCCCAGUUGCUGACUUGAAUUCGAUGGAGUUGGAAUGGCUCUUCGCCUUUGAUUGGAGAAUCCACAACCGCAUCCACAACCAGAACGAUGGCUUCAUGACAUGGAAAGCCCAUUGGGAUACAUGGCGCGCCAAGUCGGACGCUCGUGUCUACGAAUCUCGUACCAAACUUGCCCCGAUCGAUACCACCAUUCAGCGUCAUCAUUCAAUUCAGAAGCCACUUUUGUCGCCAGAAGGACCAAUUCCUCCUCAGUACCAGCGAAGUGGAUGGUUGACCCCCAUGAGCUCUGAUUAUUCUCCUCCAUCUGCGCCCCCUACUGGUCCAAAUACGCCUGAUUAUUUCCAAGCAGCCCCAUGGCCUUUCAACAAUCCGCCGCCGUAUUCUCGGUCCUGGGCUGUUCCCCAGCAAUUUAUUACCUCUAGGUCCCAGCCACCAUCCUACCAGCCCACUCCGUCCUACGCCCCGGCAUUCUCUGCCGCAGGCUGGCACGGACACGGCAUUGCUUGUGGCUGUCUCUAUUGCGCAAAGGGUCCCGACCACUAUCUCUCCGGCGUACCUUUCGGUUUGCAGCCGGUCGCGGGAUAA